GUUUCUAUACAACGUUGAAAGUCAAUAUUUCCCGAUAUAUGAUCGAACUUAGCUCUCACUUUCACCUUGACAGGUGAUGAGCCGUGAACGGCUAUGAGCUGGAUAUCUGAGGAGAGACUCGUAUACAUGAUCAACAGGAUCACGACAGCACGGGCUUCGCUCAGCCUAGGAGACUUUAGAAGCACUGCUAGCCACGCUCAUUACGAGUUGGAAUAUACCAGGUAGUAUGGCGUCCAACGCCAACACUCCUUACCCCAAUGCACCUCCUGAGAUCCAACUUCCGAGACUCGAAAGAACCGUAGCGGUCAGCGACAUCUAUUCACCCUGAUUUAGAGUGAUUCUAGGAUGAAUAUCGGUCUGGAUUGGUGUCAGACUAGUAUAGGUUCUGUUCUUUUACGAAAGGUGGAGUCAAAGGCGCGAGAUCCGCCGGGGCCCAGCGAGUUGCUGGAUGACGAGGCAUGCGCAGCCCCGGUGCUGCCUUAUCGGUUCGCCCACCGAUCCGUUCACGGACUCGUCGAGCGGGCGCGACGGCAGCGGCGACGGCCACACACUGCCGGCGUCGGAUUGUGCCUCGUCCUGGACGACGCGGCGGACUCUGACGAGGAUUACGCGUACUUUCUGCUUUCUUUCGUGGACAGCAAGGCAGUAGCCUCUGGUAGCCAAAAUUUGGGAGCCUGCCGAACCGAGAUGGUCCUUGUCCGACAAAUAGCAAUGCGCAGUAUACAACAUACCAAGGACCAAACAUCAACUUCAGUCUUCAUUCCCGAGGCUACAAGUUCGAAGUCCUAUUCUGAAACUUUGAAAACCCAAUUCUUUCAACUUCUUGCUGCCUCAUUUUCUGAUGAUCAAGGUUAUUCGGACCAAAAUUGAUUUACUACAGUCUCCGUGGCCUCGGCUUUAGAUACACAGUACACCUACAGCAUCCGCUACAUCCACGUCCCCAUCCACCGUCUUCUGCUAAGCUGACUCUUUUUCCCGUCGCAGGCCCCCGAUGGCCCUCCCUU